AUGUCAAAUUAUUCAUCUGAUGUGAUGGUGCCUGAUGAAACUUUUGUUCCAAUUCCAUUAGUUCAAUCAACUAUACCAUCUUCAUAUUCGCCUACUGUUUUCUAUUUACCCAAGUCACUUCGUUGGUUAGCACCACCUUCGCAUGAUCCUUCAACUAUUGUUUGGCUUGAAACAGAGAAUACUCCUGAAAUUAUUUUGCUAUCAUGUUGUUCUUCUCCACAAACUGAACCCCGCUCGGACAUACAAACCAUUGCUAAUGAAAUCUUGAAAGAUACCGAAGGAGAAAUGGCUCAUACUACUGAAUUUGUCAAUAUUUCACAAGAAUGGUGCAAAGACAAUAGAGAAGAGGAUAAUAAUAAUAGUACACGAGAUUUUUGA